AUGUGUCAUAGGGCGAUUGUAAUUAAAAUAGGCCCGGCCUUUUGCGUUCAAGGAAAUCUCCAGCAGACCGUGAAAAGAGUAAAGAGAAAUUUCUAUUUACAUAAUCUCACUCAGUGCCAGGGCUUACCUACUAAUCUUAACCUACCUACCUACCUUCUUACCUGCCUGCCUACCUACCUACCUAUCUAUCUAUCUAUCUAUCUAUCUAUCUAUCUAUCUAUCUAUCCUUUUGUCUGUUUUCUUUUCAAUCUACUUAUGCAUUCAUAUCACUCUUUUCAUGUGUUCUUGUUUUCCUAUCUAUCUAUCUAUCUAUCUAUCUAUCUAUCUAUCUAUCUAUCUAUCUAUGCAUCAUUGUCAGUAUUUUCAUGUAUUCUUGUUUUCCUAUCUAUCUAUCUAUCUAUCUAUCUAUCUAUCUAUCUAUCUAUCUAUCUAUCUAUCUAUUCUUUCUUUUUUUCUAUACAAGGCACAGGGGCCUCCCGAGUUAUUGGAACUCUCUCUCUCUCCCUCUCUUUCUCUCUCUCUCCCUCUCUCUCUCCCUCUCUCUCUUUCUCUAUCUCCCUCUCUCUCUUUCUCUCUCCCUCUCUCUCUCUCUCUCUCUCUCUCUCUCUCUCUCUCUCUAUAUAUAUAUAUAUAGAGAGAGAGAGAGAGAGAGAGUGA